AUGCCCCACCAUCGCACGUUUGACGCUUCCGAGUACGCACCAAAGGCCUGGGCAGCUAUCUGCGAGCUCUGCGGUGGAGAGGACCGCGUGGCGCCAGAGUCGAAGGAGUGGAAGGACUCGCUCAUCGUUAACCUCGGAAGCGAGGAGUUCGAGGGUCGAGAGGUCGACCCCAGGGAGCUGGAAAUCUGGCACGUAGACGGAGACUUCUUCGUUCACUACCUUGACUCCGCGGAACAGGGAUUGCUGGUGAUACCGUUGUUCACAGAUAUCGUCCCUGGCGGCGGCGGAACGUUCAUCUGCCCCGAGGCGAUCCCUAAGGUUGCGAAGCACCUUCAUGACCACCCAGAGGGCGUCUCCCCGCGGAUGGUACCGAGAGGCGAUCCGGAUUUCACAAAGGAGAAGAACCUCAAUUGGUACAACUCGCUCGCCCGUAAUUGCAGCGAGUUCGUUGAAGCCCAUGGAAAGGUUGGCGACGUCUACCUGCUGCAUCCCCUGAUGCUACACAGCAUCUCGUGGAAUCCCCUCAGGCGGUUAAGAAUCAUUACCAACCCCCGACCAGACGGCGCUUAUAGUCUUGUCGAGCAGGCUACCUUGAGGGCCUUGGGCGCAGAGUCGCUGCCCGAGUGGAAGAUUACGGCCGCUCGGGAGCGGGUCAUUCCCGAGAGGCUUAAGGUGCAGGAGCGGAUGAAGCAGGAGGAGAUUAAGCGACUUGCAGCUGUUGCUUCUUAA